CUCUUUUUCCGGCUGGAACCAUGGAGGGUGUAGAAGAGAAGAAGGAGGUUCCUGCUGUGCCAGAAACCCUUAAGAAAAAGCGAAGGAAUUUCGCAGAGCUGAAGAUCAAGUGCCUGAGAAAGAAGUUUGCCCAAAAGAUGCUUCGAAAGGCAAGGAGGAAGCUUAUCUAUGAAAAAGCAAAGCACUAUCACAAGGAAUAUAGGCAGAUGUACAGAACUGAAAUUCGAAUGGCGAGGAUGGCAAGAAAAGCUGGCAACUUCUAUGUACCUGCAGAACCCAAAUUGGCGUUUGUCAUCAGAAUCAGAGGUAUCAAUGGAGUGAGCCCAAAGGCCCGAAAGGUGUUGCAGCUUCUUCGCCUUCGUCAAAUCUUCAAUGGAACCUUUGUGAAGCUCAACAAGGCUUCAAUUAACAUGCUGAGGAUUGUAGAGCCAUAUAUUGCAUGGGGGUACCCCAAUCUGAAGUCAGUAAAUGAACUAAUCUACAAGUGUGGUUAUGGCAAAAUCAAUAAGAAGUGAAUUGCUUUGACAGAUAACGCUCUGAUUGCUCGAUCUCUUGGUAAAUACAGCAUCAUCUGCAUGGAGGAUUUGAUUCAUGAGAUCUAUACUGUUGGAAAACGCUUCAAAGAGGCAAACAACUUCCUGUGGCCCUUCAAAUUGUCUUCUCCACGAGGUGGAAUGAAGAAAAAGACCAACCAUUUUGUAGAAGGUAGAGAUGCUGGCAACAGGGAGGACCAGAUCAACAGGCUUAUUAGAAGAAUGAACUAAGGUGUCUACCAUGAUUAUUUUUCUAAGCUGGUUGGUUAAUAAACAGUACCUGCUCUCAAA